CCUAGUUAGAUUAAGUUUAAUUUUCUGAGAGGCACUCCUCGUCCUCCUAUCCGAUUCGAAAGCAGCCAUGUACAGAUCAAAUGAGAAAGAUCAGGCAUGCCGGCUGGCCGUCGAGUGGAAAUCACAUACUGUGUAGUACUGUGAUAAAGCUGACCUUGCUGGUUGCCGGUGUCUGGAGAGAGAGAAAAAACGGGCGCAUGCAUUGGGGCACAUGCCGUCACUCUUUCUCUUUCUUUUCUUUCUUUUCUUUCUUUUCUUUCUUUUCUUCUUUUUUUCCUUUGUUCCCCAUUUCUUUAAGUUAGGGAAUCAAUUGGUAGAAUCAAUCGAUAGUCUCUACUGGUGGUGGCAGUGCUGUAAGUAAAAAUGGCAGGUUUCAGAUCAGCUCCAUCA